AUGGCCUUGGCACUUCAUUCUCCCCAUCUGGGUUUCACAAUGUCUUCCCAGGACGGAAGAAGAGCAGCGCCAGCUGUCCCAAAAGGAACCGGUUUCUGGCAUUCUCCAGGGACAACUCAUUAUGGCAAAGAAACAAAAGAGCUGCUGAAAGUGAUGAUGGAGGAAUCCAAACUUACCAAUUUCCAGCAACGCCACCUCAUGGACUGCAUGAAACGAGGUGUUUCCCUGCCCACUCACUGCAACCCAACAUCCAGCAAAGAACCACAGCUUGCGCAGCCUGCAUCCUCUCCACCAAAGCCUUGUCUUUCAGUCACUCUGUUGGCCAGACCUCAUCUCCGACCUGCCGAGAUCUGCCGGGCAGGCGAUGCCUACACCCGAGAGAAAUUCAAACCCCGGGCCACUCGUGACUUAGAGAGGGAGAAGCAAAGGCUCCAAAAUAUCUUAGCGACUGGAAAGGACAUGGUGGAACAGAAGCCACAGCAGAAGCCAGUGCGGACAGAGGAAGAGGAAAUACCUGAACCUGACCGGUUUGAAGAACUGAUGAAUGAAAUUCAGGAGCGGAAGGAAUUCCUGGCAGAGAUGGAGGCUCUGGGCCAGAGCAAGCAGUAUCGAGGGAUUGUCCUCACUGAAAUCUCACAGAAACUGCGGGAGAUGGAGAUCAUCGAUAAGAAGAGGAGUAAGGACAUAAGAGAGGCAAUGGCAAAAAUCUUCCCUGUGGGGAACAAAUCGGAUCCCAAUAGCUAG